GAUUACUUAUCACAAACAAACCAGAGGUGGGUCCCAGUCACGAGUCAUGGCACCGCCGACUAACGAUUACUAAUUACACCAAACUCGAAUAUGUACCAUUGCAGCAACAAACCGCUUUCUCAAUAGUUCCAUUGAUUACCAACGUUAUCUCAAUACCACUUUAUAACAUAUAUAAAAUGCCUCACAAUGUGAGAGGAUUCGUGAUGACAUACUGAAAUAUUACUUUGUCCUUUGGUGUUACCACCGCUGUUCAGCCAUUCGUAUUUCACUUCCAAAACAACGACAUCUACAGCUAUUGUCUCUCGUAUCUUCUCUUACAUAGCUUGAUCAUGACCUUUUCGGCGAAUGAUAUUCCAGACCUUUCUGGAAAGGUGAUCAUCGUUACUGGCGGCAGUAGCGGUCUUGGCAAAGAAAGCGUGCUUCAGCUCGCGAGACACAACCCGGCUGUCAUAUAUCUCACAGCCAGAACUGAGAAACGUGGCAAUAUCGCAAUUGAAGAAAUCUGCCAAGUUGCUCCUCAGGCCAAAGGCAAGAUCAAGUUUCUUGAGCUUGAUCUGGGAUCUUUCGCAUCCGUGAAGAAAGCUGCAGACACUUUUGUCCGCCAGUCGGAUCGUCUGGAUAUCUUGAUCAACAAUGCAGGUCUGAUGGCUUCUCCACCGGGGCUCACAUCAGAUGGAUACGAGGUCCAGUUCGGUUCAAACUACAUGGGUCCUGCGUUGUUCACCAAGCUGUUGCUGCCGAUAAUUAGUAGGACUGCUGAUUUGCCAGGGUCAGAUGCCCGCGUCGUCAAUUUGAGCUCCGAGCUAUUUAAACAGGCACCGCGGGAAAAGAUUUUGCUCUCUCGUUGCGAGACAACCCUGGAGGACAUAUCUAGCCUGGCGCGCUAUGGACAUUCCAAGCUUGCCGACUACUACCACACCCGCACAUUGAGCCAGCGCUUUCCAAAAAUCAAAUUCGUCGCAAUCCACCCUGGAGUUGUCAACACUGGUCUGCUUGAUGACCUUAAAAAAAGAAGACCUUGGAUCGGUGGACUGAUUAGUCUCAUCGGGUUCGUGGUCUUGAUGGACGUCCACCAAGGGGCACGCGGCCAACUGUGGGCAAGCACGGCAGAUCGAGAAAGCGUUAAAAGCGGCGGGUUUUACAACCACAAGUUCAGGGAAUAUAGCGAUAACGUGCUAUAUGAUGAGGAAAUGGCUCGUCGGUUAUGGGAUUGGACAGAGCAGGAGUUUGGAAAACAUGGAUUCGAGUAAGAUUAUGAUGACUGAUAGAUUAUACUUGACGGGCUGUUAUAUCUGUCAUAGCUACUUAAAGCACUAAGAAAGAUGUAUAAAAUAUUUAAUAUGUUAUUAAAUGGUAAUAUAUUUAAUCCAACG